GCGGUGGUGGCCGUUCGGGCGGCCGGCGGGCUGGGCCUCUGGGAACAGGUAACACUGAGGUGGGCCGUUCAUCUGAGCCAGACGUCGGGCCGCCGGAGGCGAGAUCCCCGGGGGCAGAAUGGAUUUCCGAACCCCCGACCUGCUGGAUGCGUGGCUGGAGUCCCCAGAAGACGUUUUCUCAACAGGGACCUUCCCGGAGCCGGGACUGCACGGCCCACCUCCGGAGGCCCCGGGGACGAAGCUCCAAGAACAGGGGCUGCGAGGCUGGGAGCCCAGUGGGGGCCGUGGCUGUGGCCUUCGAGACAGUGAGCCUGAAGACUUCCUGAAACUUUUCAUUGACCCCAAUGAAGUGUACUGCUCAGGAGCCUCUGCUAGCAGCGACAGUGGCCAUCCAUCUGAGGACCCUGGCCGUCCAGACAGGCCCCCCGCCCCUCAAGCACCCAGUCCCCCUGCUCUCUAUGAGGUGGUCUAUGAGGCAGGGGCCCUGGAGAGGACGCAGGGGGAAGCUGGGCCAGCUGUAGGGUGCAUCUCUCUCCAGCCAGGUCAGCGGAGCCCACAACUGACGGUGCCCGAAGCCUGCGUGGUCUGCGAGCUGCCCUGUGAUGCUCACGACACCCUGCCCGGGGCAGGCACUGUAAACCCAGUGCCUCCUGCGACCCUGAAGGCACGCAGGGAGCAGCCUUGUGUGAUGGGAAAGACAGGACCCUCCCCCACUGUCCUCUCACCCUCUCCUGUUCUCCACCAGCUGCCCUGUCAGACCUUGUUCCUGACAGAAGAGGAGAAGCGUCUGCUGGGGCAGGAAGGGGUUUCCCUGCCCGCACACCUGCCCCUCACCAAGGCAGAGGAGAGGGUCCUCAAGAAGGUCAGGAGGAAGAUCCGGAACAAGCAGUCAGCUCAGGACAGUCGGCAGCGGAAGAAAGAGUACAUCGACGGGCUAGAGAGCAGGGCCGCUGCCUGCUCUGCACAGAACCAGGAACUGCAGAAAAAAGUCCAGGAGCUGGAGAGGUGCAACGUCUCCCUGGUAGCUCAGCUCCGCCAGCUGCAGCUGCUGGCUGCCCGGACCUCCAACAAAGCCGCCCAGACCAGCACUUGUGUUGUGAUCCUUCUUUUUUCCCUGGCUCUAAUCAUCCUGCCCAGUGUCAGCCCCUUUCAGGGUCUCCGGGAAGCUGGGCCUGAGGAUUACCAGCCUCAUGGAGUGGUUUCCAGAAAUAUCCUAAGUCACAAGGACAUGACAGAAGGUUUGGAGACCACAGUAGUAGAGUCCAGACCGGGGGGGCCACUUAAGGCCAAGGGUGAAAAUGGCUCAACAAGGACACUGCUUGAGAAGAUGGGAGGGAAGACAGGCUCCAAUGGGCAUGCAGGAGCUGUGCUGCAUGCAGAAGAGAUGUGACCCCACCUGCUUCCCGGCCACAAGAAGGAAUCCAGGAUCCCUCGUGGCUCUUGUUCCCCCUGGGUUUCCCAUUCAGAAUUCUUUGGCUUCAGGGGUCUGAGUCAUUUCUGGGCGUCCUAAAUGUCUGUACCCUGAGGCACAGGCUACAUGAGGCACUUCAAAUACUUUAUACAUCUGCAACUUUAUUUCUUCUUUGGGGUUAGGGUUGAGGGGAAACAGAGGUUUUGGCUGAGAAAUAAACUUUUUUUGCUGAAA